GAAAUGGAAAGGACAACAAAACGUACAACAACGCAGCAAUUACAAAAAUUGGUUGCGUUAAUGGAAAAUAAUCCGGACGUCGCCAGAAGAAUGGGGAAUUUUGGGUCAACAAAGAAAAGCAGGGCAGAACAAUGGGACCUGUUCGUUGCCAAACUCAAUGCCAUUGGUGCACCAUUGCGAAACGGGCGCGAGUGGAAUAAGGUAAAAAUUUAACCCUCUACCGCAUGGCCAUCUUCUUUAUGAAAAAAAAAAAUAAAACUCCACUAAUAUACGUUUAUUUUGAAUCCAUUUACAUAUAUUUGUAGAAAAAAAUAUUUUAAAAUGCAUAUUUUACCAGAAAAUAAAAGACGCCAUAUAUGGCUCUCUAUGCAUACAAAGUUG